CUCCUGACGAUUUUCCGACCGAUUAUUUGUGUGCUGUCCGAUUAUUACGGUGCUGGGCGGAGAAUCUUUUGGCGGGGAUAUAAUAUGUUGGGAUGCAAUUGUUUCGUUUGGAGCAGAGUGACCGAUCUCAUUCAACCCGGGUCCGAUUAUUUCUCUCUACCCGACCCGAUUCCGCAUUGGCCCCAAGGUUCAGGAUUUGCUACCUCGAGAAUUGGAUUAGGCGAAUUAGAGGUUUGCCAAAUAACUCGGUUCGAGUUCGUUUGGGGCUGCAAUCUUUCCACAGAUGGGAAACGAGGUGUGAGUUUUUACAAGCCGAUUUCAAUCCCCGACGGAUUUUUCUGCCUCGGUCACUACUGUCAAUCUAAUGAAAACCCUUUACGAGGGUUUGUUCUCGUGGCUCGUGAAAUGACUACGCAAAACAGUUCCUGUUAUAAUAUGCCGUCUCUCUCGAAACCCGUGGACUAUUCAUUAAUGUGGAGCUCGAACGAAGGAGAUGAUGAUGAGAGCUUCGAUGGAUGUGGUUACUUCUGGUUACCACAAUCGCCUGAGGGUUACAAAUCUUUAGGCUUUGUGGUGACGAACAAGUCCGACAAACCAGAUCUUGACGAGGUUAAAUGUGUCCGUUCGGACUUAACCGAUACAUGCGAAGCUUACGGUCUGAUAAUGGACAUUCAUUCUAAGUUUUCCAAAAUACCACUUACAAUUCGAAACACAAGGCCUCUUCACCGUGGGAUGUAUGGGAGAGGCGUUUCUGUGGGCACUUUUUUUUGCGGUUAUAGUUUUAGUUCAGGCGAAGAGCUAAGCAUUGCUUGUUUAAAGAACCUGGAUAGUGAUUUACACGCAAUGCCUAAUAUAGAUCAAAUCCACGCACUCGUCACUCAUUACGGGCCCGCUGUGUUUUUCCAUCCGGAUGAGGUUUAUCUACCGUCUUCCGUUUCUUGGUUUUUCGAGAAUGGAGCACUAUUGUACAGCAAUAGCAGUAGCUCUACAGGACAGGCAAUUGAUAGUCAAGGUUCGAAUCUGCCCAACGGAGGAACAAACGACGGAACAUAUUGGAUAGAUUUGCCUUGUGAUAAUAAUCGAAGGCAGACUUUAAAGAAGGGAAAUUUAGAAAGUGCUAAGCUUUAUAUACAUGUUAAACCGGCUUUAGGCGGGACUUUCACGGAUAUUGUGAUGUGGGUUUUUUGCCCCUUCAACGGGCCGGGUACUGUAAAAGUGGGGUUGAUGAAUAUUUCGCUUAGUAAAGUCGGUGAGCAUGUAGGUGACUGGGAGCACUUCACUCUUCGUGUAAGUAAUUUUUCCGGGGAGCUUUGGAGUGUGUAUUUUUCGCAGCACAGUGGGGGUGAAUGGGUGGAAGCUUUUGAUUUGGAGUUUAUCGAGGGAAAUAAAUCAGUUAUUUAUUCUUCGAAAAGCGGCCACGCUAGUUAUUCUAGGCCUGGAAGUUAUAUCCAGGGUUCUUCGAAGCUCGGAAUUGGGGUGAGAAACGAUGCUGCUUUGAGCAGUUAUUGUGUUCAUUCCAGUAGAAAGUUUGAAAUUAUUGCGGCCGAAUAUCUUGGUGUUAAAGAACCGUGUUGGCUGCAGUAUAUGAGGAAGUGGGGUCCGAGUAUAGUGUACGAUUCGAGGACGGAGUUGGAUAAGAUCAUUGACGUGUUGCCACCUGCCGUUAAGAAUUCGAUGAGGAAUAUUCUUAAUAAGUUGCCGUUGGAGUUGUAUGGAGAAGAGGGCCCCACCGGCCCGAAGGAGAAGAACAAUUGGAUCGGCGAUGAGAGAUGGUAGUACUAAUAGUAUUGAACCUGCAUACGGAUCACGAGAAUCAAAUUCUUCGAUUCUUUUUUGUAGAAGAUAAGGUAACACGAAAAAAACAAGUGUAAGAUUGUUUAGAGCGUACAGUGUGAAUUAGAGGUGUAAAUGAGUCGAGACGACUUGACAAAAAGUUCGAGUUCGAGUUCGAGCCUUUUGUACCGCUUAUUUAAAACUAUGGUUUGUAUAAAUCAGGUGGAACAACCAUAAUGGAGUGGUAAAGUUGUUGUUGGUCCAUUGCUUUGAAACAGUAAAUUUAAUAUCUUUACUUUUUUACUGA